AUGUUUCCAGCUUACGCCUACUUGUCAGCUUAUGACAGACAUAAAAAACUAAUAAAUGAUUAUUUCACGUUAUACGGAGGUUCGGUGUCAUCUUUAAAACGAGACACGUCCCGAGAUAAGACUGACUAUGACGUUAUUAGAGAAAACCAUAGAUUUCUGUGGGAUCAGGAUAAUGACAAACCAGAAACGUGGGGUGCUCGUUUGGCAAAGAAAUAUUACGACAAAUUGUUUAAAGAGUACUGUAUAGCUGACUUAAUGUACUACAAGCAAAAUAAGGUCAAUAUUGAACAGGUUGCCUUAAGAUGGAGAACAGAGAAAGAAGUUAUUGUUGGUAAAGGACAGUUUGAAUGUGGAAAUAAAAAAUGUAAAGAAAAAGAAGACCUUAAAUCUUGGGAAGUAAAUUUUGGUUACUUAGAGCAGGGUCAGAAGAAAAAUGCUCUUGUGAAAUUAAGACUAUGCCCUGAAUGUUCUACAAAGUUGAAUUAUAGAUCUCAAAAACAUGAAGCAAAGAAACAUAAAACAUUAAAGAGAUUAGGAACAAAUGGUGAAACGCCUCGUAAUACGCCCAGUACAUCAACAGUUGAAAUCAAAAUUGAAGAGGAUGGAAGUACAAAUAAUAGUGAGAAAUUAGUUGAAACAAGGGAAGAUGAAUCUAAGAUUUGGAAAGAAAAACCAAUUGAAAAUCUGGAAAAAACAAGAGAAGAGGAAUUUGAAGAGUAUUUAGCAGAUUUGUUAAUAUAG